AUGUUUACCUUCGAUCACCCCCAGUUCCCUCAGGAACUGAUUUCAUUCAUACCUGUGCAUCGGGUUUCUUCUGUUGAACAAGAUGUGCAUACAAAUUCUUGUUUUAACAAAGAGGAUUUUUUCAGGAGAUAUUGUAAACAAUGGUUUGGUAUACCUGUUCUCUUAAAUCAACUUAAUCCUGAUAAAAUGCAAUCAUUCAAUGAUGUCAAGAGUAAAAUGGUUAUGAGAAAUUUAAUUGUUCGUGAAUUAGAAGUUAUUAGCCGUAUACAUCAUCCGAAUAUAAUGAGUUUAUUGUCCAUAAUACACGAUGAUAUUCCACGCCAAUCGUGGGAUUCAUCAAUAAAUCUUGAGAAAUUAGCUCUUGUAUAUGAACGUCCUCCAAUGGGUACCAUGUAUGAGUAUAUUCAAUCAAACCCAAAUGCAUUGAGCACACUGUCAGCUUUGAUUGUUGCAUGUCAAUUAUCUGAAGCUUUACUGUUUCUACAUUCAUCUGGUAUCAUUCAUUGUGGUGUUACACCGCAUGCGGUCUACAUGUAUGCAUUGGAUCGUGUGAAAUUGGGCAAUUUUGAAUAUAGUCAAUAUAUUCAUGUUAUUGAGAAUCAAGAAAAUGACAAUCAACCUUAUACAACUGCUCACAAUAACAACACAUCAAUGCACAAAUCCAAAUCUCAUUCUCAUCAUCAUCAUCGCAGUGAUUAUCCUUUUCACAAAACCAAUCCUCCUCCUCCAACUCCCCUUCUUCCACACCAUCAUUAUCGCGAUCCUCAACCGAACCAAUUACCUUCAAUCUAUAAUUUACUCUUUGGUAUUUAUUAUCUUCCAGCAAAUUAUUUAUCCGAUUGGUUACCAUUGGAAUUGUAUGAUUCAACAAAACAAUUAUUUCAUUAUAUCAAUACUACUACCACUACUACUACUACUGAUACUACUGAUAAUACUACUGAUAACAGCAGUAGUCUUAAUUUCUCAGAUAUAUUACAAUGUAUACCAUUGAAUGAAAUUAUUCAAACUAUACAACCUACAUUAACAAGUGAUGUUUAUUCACUGGCUAAAUUAAUUCAAUUUAUUUUACCGAAAUUAAAACAAAUCCCAAAUAAUUUUAAUGAAUAUUUAUUGAACACACCGAAUAAUUUGUCGGCAUUAAUUGAUUCCGCUUUGAAAUCGAAUUCCGACGAACGUUUAUCAAUGAGACAAUUGAAUCGAUUGUUGAUACAUUUUUAUUGGGUAAGUUAA